AUGGAUGCUUUCAGAAUUAAAAAGGAGGAAGAGGAGGAUAUCAGCGUGGAAGAGGGGAUAGAACCUUUAAGAAUCAAAAAGGAGGAAGAGGAGGUAGAACCUUUAAGAAUGAAAAAGGAGGAAGAGGCCAUCUCAUUGAAAGAGGAAGAGGAGGGAGAGAGAUAUGACUAUGGUGGAUCAUCCGGGGAGCCUCAACAACAUCCUGAUUCUGAGGAAGCAGAGAAGAAGAGCCUCUCCACAUCAGAACACCUCAUUAAACACCAGCUUACGCCUACAGGGAAGAAACCGCUCCGCUGCUCUGAAUGUGGGAAGAGUUAUUCAAGAUCAGAUUCACUAAAAUUACACCUGAGAAUUCACACAGGUGAGAAGCUUUUCAACUGUGAUCAAUGUGGGAAGAGAUGCACCUCUUCGUCAGAACUUAAAAUACACCAGAGAAUCCACACAGGAGAGAAACCUUAUCGCUGCUCACAGUGUGGCAUGACUUUCUCCAGAUCACAUUCAUUGAAAUCACACCUGAGAAUUCAUACAGGAGAGAAAACGUAUGGCUGUGAUCAAUGUGGGAAGAGUUUUGCUACCUCAGCUAACCUGACUGCACACCAGAGAAUACACACGGGAGAGAAGCAUUACCACUGCUCUGACUGUGGAAUAAGCUUAACCACGUCAAGGGGACUAUUACUACACCAGAGAACACACACAGGAGAGCAGCCUUAUAGCUGUUAUCAAUGUGGGAAGAGUUUUGCUCAGUCAAAUAACCUGAUAUCACACCAGAGAACUCACACAGGACAGAAGCCCUAUAGCUGUGAUCAGUGUGGGAAGAGUUUUACUCAGUCAAAUAACCUGAUAUCACACCAGAGAACUCACACAGGACAGAAGCCCUAUAGCUGUGAUCAGUGUGGGAAGAGUUUUACUCAGUCAACCAACCUUAAAUCCCACCAGAGAACUCACACUGGAGAGAAGCCUUAUAGCUGUGAUCAAUGUGAGAAGAGAUACUCUGAUUUAAGAGAUCUGAUUAAACAUCAGAAAAUGCACACAGUUGAUCCACAGAGAAUGGUAUGUCCAACACCAGAUCUGGGUAGUAGAACACAGAGAGUGGAAUGACCUCCAACACCAGACCUGGGUAGUAGAACACAGAGAGUGGAAUGA